GACAAAACAUGAACAUUUGAACACACAUUAUCUUUUAUUCAUCUAUCGAUUUUGCCAAAACAUAUAAAGAUAAAUUUGAGCGUUGUGACGCGCACGCACGCGCGCACAGACACUCCUAUGCAAAGAUUCGGCCUAGUCUACCGUCUUUGUCCUAUACUCUCAAAAACGUAGUUUUUUCGGAGACCGCACUACGAGAGAGGGCAGAGGAGUUUUUGAAGACUGAAGACAGUUUUAGGACUAAUGCCUUCAAGAUCAUCAGUGUAAUGGUUGAACUAUCAAAUUAUGAAGACGCACCAAAGGAAUAUGUGGAUGAGAUGCUCCAAAGCAUCUUCUUCUUAGGCAGGAUUAAUACCCCCCAAUACACCCCAAAUGAUAUCCUUGGUGAAGACUAUGUGCGUAAGAUGGAGGAGGAGUUCAAAGGACCGUUUAAGAGUUACGAAAGGAAACUGCCAAAACGGACUCCAUUCUCCUGUGUGCUGGAUAUGGUGGUCUCCUUGUUUGGACCAGACGAAAUACAGCAGAAGCUGUCGGAAAUCGCCACUGACAUGUUAGGGGUACACAAGUUCACUUCCUCAACCAUCUGCAUCUCUGAAAGUGAAGAGUGCUACUAUGGAGCAUCCAUGUCUUGCAAGGGGAGGAAACAGGGACAGAUUAUGAUCGCUGUGUCCUGUCUGUGUACCUGGCACUAUGGUGUAUCCAAUGCCGUGAUGACAUACAAGCCAGAUAAGAAAAAGAGAAAUAACUUUGAUGGCACCAUGCAACUACCACAGUAUGUCAAAUGCCGGGCUUUCAAUGUGAUUAGUAGGGAGGUGAUGUCUCCUUGCGACUCCUGUGUUGAUCUUUUUGGUCUGAAGACAUCUGCGCAAUCAAAUAAGAAAACUCAGAGGUGGAUCUAUGGUCACUGCGCAGAGGCAGAGAGCUUGAGCAAACUGCUCUAUAAAGAGAUUGAGAUAGAAGUGGCACCAGUUGAGCACAAAAUGCGAGAGCAAGUGAUGAAGGAGGUAAAAACUCACCUGGAAGCGAACCUCCGAUUGUCAAAGUUUGAUUGGGAUUCUUCCUAUUACACUCCACAGUAGAUUGUCAGAGAUGACGGGUAAACGCAUGUGCGCGCGCACACACGCACACACACACACGCACGCACGCACACAAUUUACAGAUAUACAGAUGCACAUUCUUACUGUAACACCCUAGCAACAUGUGAUUUGCGGCCGACAGUUACCGUUGAAACUUUGCCAAAGCAGUGAAUGUUUUAGGAUAAGAACACAGCUUUAGCCAUUUCAAAAUGCGUAGAAUUGCAGAAAAUGUUGCAUUAAAACUGAAACAUUUUAUUUAAGCUCCAUUGCAAAAUGUGUAGAAUUGCAGGAAAUUAGCUUUAAAACUAAAUGUUCUCUACACCAACCCAUGUGGUGGGUCGUGACUCAAAAAACACCACAAUUUAUGGGUCACUGUUACGGAUACAGGUAUCCUGUGUUUUU